UGUCCGACGGAAGUGAAUAGUGAGCGGACCACCAACAGACGGUUCAUUAGUAGAGAAUCGACAAUUGUGAGCGUGUUGAGAUUGUAUCUGCUUUAAGGAGCAAAACAUCUUGUUUGAACCGCCAUGGACCGCAGCAGGUCCCCAAAGAGAGGAAGUCAAGUUGACAAAAGCGACAAGAAGAAGAAACGAAGGAGAUCUUCGUCGUCGUCCUCGUCUUCUUCCAGCAGCACAAGUGCGAGCAGAUCGAAGAAGAAGACAACAUCGCACAAAAGUCCAGAUGGAAAAACACAACGAAAGAAGCGCAGGCGAAGCUCGUCUUCCUCCUCAUCAUCAUCCUCAUCUACCUCUUCCUCGUCCAGUGAUGAAAUGAGCAAGAAGAAGAGUAAAGGAAAGAAGAAGAAAAAACUAUCCAAGAAGAAAAAAGCCAAACUGAAGAAACAGCGUAAGAAGGAGAAGAAGAAGCUGAAAAAGAAGCUGAAAAAGAAAAAGGAGGAAGAAGAGGAGGAGGAGAAGAAGAAGAAGAUGAUGAUGAUGGCAGAGCCUGUUAUUCUCCCUGUAGAAAAACCGCCAUCUUCAUUGGAGGUGUGGCAGACGGAUGAUGGAGGAGUGGAGCUGGGCCCAGUGAUGACGGACGAGCAGAAGGCCCGCUUGGCCACCAGGAGGCCUCUUACCAAGGAGGAGUACGACGCCCGGCAGAGUGUCAUCCGCAAGGUGGUGGACCCCGAAACGGGACGCACCAGGCUGGUGAGGGGCGAGGGAGAGAUCAUCGAGGAGAUGGUCAGCCGUGAAAAACACAAAGACAUCAACAAGCAAGCCACCAAAGGUGACGGCAACUCCUUCCAGAGAACACUUGGACUCAACAGGUAGAAGAUGCUGCUCUUUAGUCUACGAACAAGCUCUUGCAACUUGGCCAGUGGUGCAUAAAACAAAACGUUGGAUGCACUAAAAGUUGACCUCGGCUGUUCGUAUUUCAAUGAUGUAAAAACGUCACAUUUUUUCUGUAGAUGAAACUAUAGUUUAACAACUUUCCCACGAGGUAGAGGAACACAAUUGUCAGAUUUCCAAUUAUUUUAAGGGGGCGGUGGGGUGUCCCAUAUGAUAUUGAUAUUGGAUAUCGGUCCGAUAUCGACAAAAAAAGUAUUGUAUUAUAUCGGCUUGCAUAUUAAAUCUCCAAAAUAAGUUCUGAGACAACCAGUCCUACUUGUGCAAAACUGGACAGCCAGUUAACAGCUAAUUCUCCUCCAAAAAGCACACAAGGUUGGUCUCCUCUUGUAUUUUAAGUGAAGUGGUAGGUUAUACUAUUGGCUAGAAGUGAGUAGCUACACGACAGCCAAGCAUACAAUAGCUCACAAGCUAGACAUACUGUUAGAAUAAUUGUUUCUAAAUUAUCACAAAAACUUUGUAUUACAUUGAGUUCCUGACAAGAAGACAAAAGCUGUCUUUGAAACCUACCGAGAGUAAGGCUCGUAAAACUCCACUGUCUAGGGGGGGGAAGCAAGAUGAAGAUGUUCCUGUGUUCUUUCAUUUAUGGUAAUAAACAGAAAGAUAUUGUUCUAACCAAAGGACUUCAAAUCGGAGAGAACCAAGGAUCUGCCCAAUUUCCAGACGACCUCUUUUUGAAGACACAUACGUAAUACGUGUCCUUAAUUAAACAAUAUUGAAGUCUAAAACAGCACAUUUGUCAAUAUAAACUAGUACCAAAAAAAUUCUAGUUGAUUUUUACUAACAGAUACAAAGUCUUCAAGGCAGAGGUUUAGUAGAAAGUAUCCAGUAACAAACGUCUCCGCGUCAUGAGGUUAGUAACACCCCCCCC